UUCACAACAACUUGCCAAUUUCCAAAACAACUCUUCAGCUCAACUACUCUAAGAUCAAUCGAUUAACAGCAGACCGCUCUCUAAAUUAUGGGAAUUUACGAGAAGGAUCUCAAUGAUCUUGAGGCAACUGAACUAAGAUUAGGUUUGCCUGGGAUAAUAGAUGAAUCUUCAACAUCAACUAGUACUGCUAAAAAUAGCAAAAAAAGACCUUCAUCUAGUGUAAAUGAAAAUGAACAACAAGACUCACCUCCUCCACCAAAAGCACAAGUUGUUGGUUGGCCACCAGUUCGAUCUUACAGGAAAAAUCAUGUGUCUAAACUAUCAGAAUCUGAUAAUAAUUCCUCAGGGAUGUACUUAAAAGUUAGCAUGGAUGGAGCACCUUACUUGAGGAAAAUUGAUCUUAAGGUUUACAAAAGUUACCAAGAGCUACUCAAGGCAUUACAAAACAUGUUCAAGUGCACUAUUGGAGUGUACUCAGAAAGAGAAGGAUAUAAUGGAUCUGAUUAUGCACCAACAUAUGAAGACAAGGAUGGUGAUUGGAUGCUUGUUGGUGAUGUACCAUGGGAGAUGUUUAUCAGUUCUUGCAAAAGGCUUAGAAUUAUCAAAGGAUCUGAAGCUAAAGGUUUAGCAUGUCUAUAAAAACAUGGAAAUAUAUAUAUACAUACAUGCAAAUCUACUAGGGAUGAACAAGUUUCAGUUUUGUAACACUAUCUGAUCUUCGAUCAAUUUCAUGGGAUAUAUAGAUCUAGAUCUACUUGUACAAAUAGUUUCUCUUCUUUUUUUUCGAAGAAUUUUCUGUGUAUUAUGUAUGAGUUUAUAUAUACGGGAAGAAAUACAAAA